CGGUCCUGCCGCGCGUGCGGCCGGAUCCAGUCGCAGUUCGAACCUCGGGGAGACCGUACGCGUGAGCCCGUAAUCCUGGACCAAGUAAACGGGCACCUCGGAGGAUCGUGCCGGGAUCUCCUGCCAUGCGAUCAGGAGCAUGCAGCAGAAGCCACUGAGAGAGCUGGGCCAAUUGUGCCUCAAUGCUGGGGGACCGAACAACGUUGUUGUCGCCGAAGUGUGCAACGAGACGCGCGGCCUUCCUCUUCUUCAAGUAUGGCCCAGCGAGUCGCCCAGAGCCGAGAGCAACGGACAGGCUCAAGCCUUUCUGUUCCCAGACGUGCAGGAAAGCGUCAACGACAGCGGCAUCGAGUCCAUUCAGGCAUCGCCGUCGCCAUGCGGUGCUACGUGCAACAGUCCGGCGACGACGCCGCAGCAAUCGCGACGCGCCAGCCUGCUGCAUCCGGAUCACGCGCGGCUGCAACUGUCCUACCUUCAUCACAACCACCAUAGCACUGGAUUAAAGAGCCCACCGUCACCGGACAGAACGUCCGUGGACGAGGAUCAGGAGGACCGACCACCGAGUCCUACCAGCUCGACCACCAGCAGCCUACGAUCGAUGCCAAGCUCGGCGAUCGUGUCGAUGAAUUCCCAGGACAGGAGACGCAGCAGCAGCAGGUACAGCAUGUUCGAUGCUCUGGAUCUGGAAUACGCCCUGCUGAGAGCUGCGGCCCGUGGAUCUGUGGGCCCGUAUUCCCUAUCGGAGUCCCUGCACAAGCUGACCUUCACCCAGAGCCUGGCAUUUCCUGCCCUGGCACGCGGUCUCGCCUCCAAACAAAGCAUGCCAACCAGAAGACCUCAGCAGCACACCGAAAGCGGGAUGAACGCGUUCGCCAAGGUGGUGACCGCGCUGGUGCUGAUGCUGGUGAGCGUGCUGGUGUUCGGUGUGGUCUACAAGUUCGCCAAGACGUGAGGUUGGCUGCUGGAACCCAGCCGGUAUCCUGAAUCGACGCAGGAUGACAAUCGUCUGGGUACCAGCGACACGUUCAGCGGUAACGCCUGACGAGGCCUGAGCAAAGAUCUGGACUUGCUUCUCUUGAAAAAGAAGACAAUCCAGGAGACAUUGGAUGCUGUGUGACGUUACCUCCGCGAUUCAAAUCCACGUCAAACCCGAGUGAUCGUUGGUUCUGUAAAUCAUGAGAUUGGUGCAUGAAUGAAGUAUGAAUGGAAUUGCACGUGUGACAACCGAACACCGCGAUACGCUUGAGUCUAAGGCUAACCAGCCAGGGUGUAGAAAUGAUUUUAUAUACAAUGUCUUGUUGUCUUUACUGCGUAACGCAAUGUGUGUACUCUGGUAUUUAAUACAAAGUUCCAGCGAGGAAGGAUGACGCUAGGGAAAGAAAUGUGAGAAUCACAACGAGAAACACGGUAGCGUUAUCGAUACUGUUGGUAAUGAUGAUUUAUUGGAUCAAGAAUGGGCGAAGUAAAUUAUACGCACUUGCGUGUGCAGUUCUCGGAUCAAAUAAUGAUUUACAUGGUGACUCUGCGUUGUGACGAAUGCGCAUAAAUUAGAUCUGACGUCGAGAAAAGUUUCGACAAAAACGCGUAAAAUACGACAUUUAAGAAACGUUGCUAGAUACAUACGUGUAUUUGCUACGAAUAUAUAGCCAAGUCUGUUUCUUGCAAAAUAAUUAUACGCGCGAGUUAACAAAUGCGCACUCGUCGGAAUGAAAUCCCGACGAGUGCACUUGGUCUGAAGUAUUCAUUUCUAUAACGAAUGCAAAUGCGUACAUUCGAAGUAUCGCCGAGAAAAACAGCAUUUCCGGUACAUUGCUUUCCCCAAUACAUCUCCAAGUUGAGCGAACUCGCUAAAAUAUCCUUCAGCGACUCGCAUUAAUAUCCUCCAGCGAGUUAUAUCGCAUCAUUGAUGGGUGGUAACUGGGUCGAGUCUCAGUCAAUAAGGGCCGGAUUGCGGCUGCACGACUAUGAGAGGACGAUUGUGGAUCGAGCCAUCUGUCAUAUCGUCUCCGUGAAGUCUAUUCUAUGCGGAAACGUUCGAGUGAGUCUGUUUUAUGUAACUGAGCUUCAAGUUUCAACAGCGACUCCAACACAAACUCAAAUUCUUGUAUAAAACGAUAUUGAUCAGAGGGUCGCACAUUACAUGAUUGUAUCCUUGACAUUGCUAAAACAUCUCCAAAUUUCAAUUAAGAUAACUUUCCGCAAUCAAUUUUUUAUUUUACUUAAAAAGAUCUUUAAUUGAUGAAAUCCUCAUUCUUCAGCUUAUAAUCGAUAUUUGGAAAAAUGAAACGCGCAGCAAGUGUGACUUGUUCAAAAGAUGAUUUUGGCCAUAUUGUGUCACGAUUCGAUAUCCUUUAUUUAUUUAAUUCAUUGUUUAACUCGGCAUUAAAACGUAUUGAUUUUCACCGACCAAUCCACGUUGCUUUGCAGUGCCUUGUUCGCGCGCAAUCGUCAUCUCACGUCUGCCCGCAUGCAAAUGCAUAAUCUCGCGAAUCUUUUGGGAACUUUGUGACUGUCCAAGUGCUUUAUGCAACUUCUCUUCGUGACAAUCGGCCGGGAAACGCUCGUUCCCGGCAAUCAAAGUAUAAUGUUAAGCACAACUCAUACCGCCGGUAGAAUUGGCGUCCGGCCGGAAACGACGGACCGGGAUAGACCAAGCAGCUUCCGGAGGUGCAAAAUGAAAAAUUAAAUUAAAUCUCAAGGCAACUUAUCGUCUAUGCUUUGUCUAACAAUAAGACACGACGAGGCUUGAAACUAAAUCGAGGCCUCGUGCGCGAUGCUAAAUAGUUUCCGUACCAUGAACCAUUGAUCCACGUGUCGCAUAUUUUUAUAAAAUCUCACAUUGAUCGUUACGUCAGUUAACACAAAUAAACUCUCCGCUCGCUUGAUAUAUACUCCCUUUCAUUGAAAAAUGUUUCUAAGUACAAUUUAUUUCUGCCAGUUUCCAGGAUCGGUUUCGAUUUCGUUUUAAGCCAGCGAAAACUCGAAGGAAAUACUCGUAAAAGCAUCUCUGAGCUUGUUUCGUACAGCCUAAGUUAUGCUCCUUUUGCAUAUAAUAAAGUAUGAUAUAUAUAUAUAUACACAUAUACAAAAUUAUAUAUACUAUACAUAUAUAUAUUUAUGAUCGUUACGGAAGUGUAUCUUCAUUACUUUGAUGUUGUGCUUUGUACGAAGCAACGAAAUUUCUAAAAAUAAUCCAAAAUGCGUCACGAUAUAGCGGAACUACCGUACACUACUUUUUUUAACUAUCGUAUUGUACAAUGUAUAUGUACAUGUAACGCUGAUGCACUACGGCAUAUAAGAGAACAAAUAUUUUUCUUUCGUCUUCUUUGUACGAUACGCAACUACAAUCUUAAGCUGAAUCUUAUGACGGUCAUUUUGUGAUCAACAAAGCCAAAAUUGCUAAAUAAAGAUCCUCAUUUCAUACUCCAGAAUUGAGACGUA